UCUUUGUUUCAAAUCACCUCAGGGCCCAGAUAUAAAGACAAGGUCAAAAAACCCCCCAGACUACUUCUUUCUCUUUCUCUCUUUUAUCUACCCACCUGUCGAAAGAAAGCAAAAAAAUAAAUAAAGUAGAUCCCUUUCUUUGAUCUUCUAAAUCACAAUCAAUGUCAGAGACCGAGACGCUGCUCUACAAGCGCACCCAGUCGGAGGCACCAAAGCCUCCAUUGCCCAAGACCGAACUGCCAUGCAUGUUUGAUGAACCCACCAACGCUUCAAACUGGCACAAACAUGUCAACUGGCCACAAUCGAUCCUUCUUCUCGGCACUCCAUUGAUUGGUCUUUAUGGCAUCUUCACAACAGAAUUGCAGACAAAGACACUUAUCUGGGCAGUCAUUUACUACUUUAUCACUGGAUUGGGUAUCACUGCUGGCUAUCAUAGACUUUGGGCUCAUCGUGCUUACAACGCAACCGUUCCCCUGAGAAUCCUUUUGUGUGCUGCCGGCACUGGUGCUGUCGAAGGUUCUACUUACUGGUGGUCCCGCGGCCACCGUGCUCACCACAGAUGGACCGACACUGACAAGGAUCCCUAUUGCGCUCACCGUGGCUUCUUCUUCUCCCACUUGGGAUGGAUGUUGGUCACUCGCCCCAGAAGCCGCAUUGGUUACGCUGAUGUCGCCGAUCUCAAGGCUGACAAGAUCCUUAACUUCCAGCACCGUCACUACCCUUACCUUGCCCUCUUUAUGGGAUUCCUUUUCCCUACCCUCGUUGCCGGUCUCGGCUGGGGAGAUUACAGAGGUGGUUACUUCUAUGCCGGUGUCAUUCGCCUCAUUGUCGUCCACCACGCUACCUUUUGCGUCAACAGUCUUGCUCACUACCUCGGCGAAGACACCUUUGACGAUCACCACACUCCCCGCGACCACUGGAUCACUGCCUUUGCCACCAUGGGUGAGGGCUACCACAACUUCCACCACGAAUUCCCUCAGGAUUACCGCAAUGCCAUUGUCUACUACCAGUACGACCCCACCAAGUGGUUGAUCAUCCUUUGCUCCUGGCUCGGACUCGCCUACAACUUGAAGACCUUCCCUGCCAACGAGGUUUCCAAGGGAAUUGUCCAGAUGAAAGAAAAGAAGAUCCUUGCUGCCAAGCGUGGUCUCGACUUUGGCAUACCUAUCCACGAGUUGCCUGUCUUCACCUGGAAGGAAUACCAGAACCUUGUCGUCAACGAGAACAAGAAGUGGACCUUGAUCGAGGGCAUUCUCUACGAUCUCGAGGGCUUUGAUCACCCCGGAGGAGAAAAGUACAUCUCCAGCGGUAUCGGCAAGGACAUGACCACUGCCUUUAACGGUGGUGUCUACAGCCAUUCCAACGGUGCCCGUAACUUGCUGACCAUGAUGAGAGUUGGUGUUCUGAGAAACGGCAUGGAGGUUAUGCACGAGAACGAGUAAAGAAAUCAAAUCCAAAAAAAUAUUUAUAUAUAUAUUAUCGAGUCUAACUUGCCCUAUCCUACCUUAUCCCUAUCAUAUCAAACUUUACCUUACCUAUCAACCUCUACCUACAAAACCCCUUAUUUAUAUCUCUUUUCUCUCUCUCUCUCUCUUUCUUUUAUAAUUCAUUCAUUGAAUUAUACUAGAUUUCCAUAGCAACCAAAUCUCUUACCUCUUAUUAUUAUUUUCUUUCUCUUUGUAUUUUCUUUAUUAUUUUUCUUUACUUUUUUUUUUUUGCUUAUCAUCUCAUUACCAUCAUCUUCAUCAUUCAGUAAUAAACUCUUUUAUUUUUUAUAUAUAUAUAUAUCUUAU